GGGCCAGGGGUGGUUGAAGAGAGGCCUGAGGGCUGGUGCCCCGUGGUGGAAAGAGGAGGAUGUUGCGGAAGAGACGGGGAUGCAGAUGCAGUGUGGGUUGGCAAGUGGCAAGUGGGCUCAGCAGGAUCCUCAGACACAGUAGUCAUCUUUAGCUCAGGCUGAAAAUUUUUUGCCGCUCAGCAAACAGGGUUGGCGGAACGCAGACAACAGGCAACCAGCAACCAGCAACCAGCAACCAGCAACCAGCAACAGACAGGACAGACAGCACACAGGAUGUCAGACAACAAGCGGUUUGACGAGAACACGGUGAUCGUGGUGUUUGGGGCGUCCGGGGACUUGGCGAAGAAGAAGACGUUCCCGGCGCUGUUCGGGCUCUACAGGGAGGGCCGGUUGGCAGGGUCGACAAAGAUCAUCGGGUUCGCCCGGUCGGACCUGUCGGACCAGGGUCUGCGGGAGAGAAUCACGCCGUUCCUUUCGUACGACAAGACCAAGCAGGCGCACGUGAAGGCGCUCGAGGAGUUCCUUGCGCUGUGCAGCUACCACCGGUCCGCGUACGACAAGCCGGACGGGUUCGAGGCGUUGGAGAAGAAGGUGGACGAGCUGGACGCCGCCAGCGGGGUGGCGCAGUCGCACCGGCUGUACUACCUCGCGUUGCCGCCGUCCGUGUUCACCGUGGUGGCGACAAACUUGAAGAAGUACUGCUACCCGGGCUCCAAGGGCCACGCCAGACUCAUUGUCGAGAAGCCGUUUGGCCACGACUUGGACAGCUCCCGCCAGCUGCAGCGGGACUUGGCGCCGCUGUGGUCCGAGGACGAGCUCUUCCGCAUCGACCACUACCUCGGCAAGGAGAUGGUCAAGAACUUGAUCCCCGUGCGCUUCUCCAACACCUGUCUCGGCUCCUCCUGGAACAACCGCUACAUCGACUCCAUCCAGAUCACCUUCAAGGAGACCUUCGGCACAGAGGGCCGCGGCGGCUACUUCGACUCCAUCGGCAUCAUCCGCGACGUGAUGCAGAACCACUUGCUCCAGGUCCUCACCCUCUUGCUCAUGGACAAGCCCAAGGACUUUGGCUCCGAGUCCAUUCGCGACGAGAAGGUGAAGCUCCUCAAGGCCAUCGAGCCCAUCGACGUCCACGACAUCCUCGUGGGCCAGUACUCCCGCUCCGCGGACGGCUCCAAGCCGGCCUACUUGGAUGACGACACCGUCACCCCGAACUCCAGGGCCAUCACCUUCGCCGCCAUCGCACUCAAGGUCCACAACGACACCUGGGACGGCGUCCCGGUCAUCUUGAAGGCCGGCAAGGCCCUCGACGAAAGCAAGGUCGAGAUCCGCAUCCAGUUCAAGCCCGUCCACACAGGCAUCUACGAAAACUCCGCCCGCAACGAGUUGGUCAUCCGCAUCCAGCCCGACGAGGCCAUGUACUUGAAGAUGAACAUCAAGGUCCCCGGCGUCGCCAACCAGGUGUCCAUCUCCGAGCUCGACCUAACCUACAAGGACAGAUACUCCUCCGAGUUCUACAUCCCGCAGGCAUACGAGUCCCUCAUCAAGGACUGUCUCGAGGACGACCACUCCAACUUCGUCCGUGACGACGAGUUGGACGUCAGCUGGAAGCUCUUCACCCCGUUGUUGCAGUACCUCGAGGGCCCCAACGGCCCGCAGCCCGCCCUCUACCCGUACGGCUCCCGAGGUCCCGACGGCCUGGCCGACUUUGUCAAGAAGCACGGCUACGUCUACGAGCCUCGCGACAGGUACCAGUGGCCUCUGGCCACCCCGGAGGGCAUCAACCCAAGCAAGUUCUGAUGCCAUCCUCCUUUUAUACUCAUUUCUCCUUCAACCCCUCUAAUGAUGAACUUUCCGUAU